CAUCAUAAAUACAUAUAUAUACAAAACAGGUGACGACUAGUGUCAUUCUCUCGUAGUAAUUUCAUAAUACGCCAUUUUCUUUGUGUGCAGUUAGUGAUCUUUCCACGAAAUAAAAAAUUUUUUUUUAAUCGUUCUAUCAACAAACAACUACAGAAAAGCUUUAAAUUUGAAAAUGGCAUCACGUAAGAAAGUUCUACUCAAAGUUAUUAUUCUUGGAGAUUCUGGGGUUGGUAAAACAUCACUAAUGAAUCAGUAUGUAAACAAAAAAUUUAGUAACCAGUACAAAGCAACGAUUGGAGCUGAUUUUUUGACUAAAGAAGUUAUGGUUGACGAUAGGAUAGUUACCAUGCAGAUUUGGGACACUGCGGGACAAGAAAGAUUUCAAUCACUGGGAGUUGCAUUUUACCGAGGCGCUGAUUGUUGCGUGUUAGUGUUCGAUGUCGCAGCCCCAACGUCCUUUAAAUCAUUGGACUCAUGGCGAGACGAAUUUUUAAUCCAAGCGUCACCCAGGGACCCCGAUAAUUUUCCAUUUGUCGUGUUGGGUAAUAAAGUCGACCUUGAGAACAGAGCCGUCUCGAGCAAGAGAGCACACCAAUGGUGUCAAUCAAAAAAUAAUAUCCCGUACUUUGAAACGAGCGCUAAAGAAGCUAUUAAUGUCGAGCAAGCUUUUCAGACGAUAGCUAAAAAUGCUUUGGCUCAAGAGAGUGAGGUUGAACUUUAUAACGAAUUUCCCGAUCAAAUAAAGCUUACCAACGAUCAAAGAACUAAUGGCAAAGGUGACUCGUGUGCCUGCUAGAAUAUCACGGGGCAGAUAUUAAUUAUGGUAAAUCAUAAAUAAAAAAAACAAAAACAAAAAGAAAAA